GCAGAAUGCAGAUCUUUUUGGUGAUCGCUGCAGCUUUGCUGUUCUCAGCUUAUAGUGCUCCUACCACUCAGUUACCCAUAAAUUCCACUGAAGAAGAAGUAACCACAGAAUCCGAGGACUAUACAUUUGAAGUUUGGACCCCUGAUUCCCCGCAGAAUGUAACCCAAAUCGAAUUGCCUGGCGGAGAUAAAAAGAUACUCUGCGAUUUUCUAGCCACUUUUGAAAUCAUUAAAAUGCAGCAAUUUGGAGCCAUCUUUGCAGCAAAUAUGGAAGAUAUGAAAAAUAUUGAAAAUAAAUUCGAAAAGGACUUCAAGGAAUACCAGGACAAAUAUCCCAAUAAAGACAACAAAACCAUGCUGGAUGAGUUAUUUGGCGUGGGCGUAGAUCCAUUAAUGAUCUACCUCAAGGAUAAAGUCUUAAAAAAAAAGUUUUACCAGGACAUUGGCAAGAUAUAUCAAGAGGUCAAUGAACAUUUAUUUAAAAAGUCCCAAAUAAUCAAAGGAAAUCUUACCCAGGAAACUGUGGAAAAUGAAGUUGAGUUCUUUGAAAAAUUCAAACUUUUUGAAGUGCCCUCGAAAAAAUACUAUCAUGAUAAAACUGACUUAAUAAACCACAUCGAAGAGAAAUAUCAGAAUAGGUAUAAAUGUAAGGAAGAGGAAUGAAAUAUUCAGUACGCAUUAAUAAAUAAUAUAUCAACAAAAUUAUAUGUAACAAUUAAAAACUGUAAAAAAAAUGAU